CACGCGUCAGCUGUUGGCCAGCUCAACGAGGCUCGGGUUGUCUCCUCUUCCUGUUCCAUUGGCUGCGCGUUGCCCAUUCUGGAAUCUCCCUCACCGUCCUCGCACAUUCUGGUGGCCGUUCUUUUUGCCAAAACUCUCAAGUUGAUUUCAACCCCUCGAGCCUGUCCUUGCGCGCGAAUCUUUCACUGUUGCACACUCUCCCUUCAGCGUGACCUGCACCGCAAAGCAAGCCAACUUCGAUUGGCCAAACCUCUGAAUAUACCGUCGUUUUGAAAUACCACACUCCACCUCGUUGCCGUGUGAAAAAAGAGCUGGAAGCGAUCGUCCUGAACAAAGUCGCGUCACAAUCCACGGGCACACGUGAGGCUUCCGUUAGCCGAUACCAUGGGCCUCCGCAGAGUAAAAGGAACAAGUGACAUACGCCGUGCCUUCUCUUCAAUGUCUCCCCAUGGGAUUGGAGAGGAUAGAAGAACAGAGCAGCAAGGGAUAUCAGCCGGCGGGCGAAAUGAAAACACCAGAGAGCUUCAUGAUGCUAUCAGAUGGGCACAUAAAGGCUUCGGAGCCUCCUUGCCAAUAAGCGAGCAAAUGUGUCGUCCUGGGAUGUGUAAUCAACCAGUCGGUGCGAGAUAUCCCUCAAAUAGGAGCAUGGGAGAAACUGGGACUUCACGCUCAGCCUCGUCGGCCGUGUCUGCAGACAACCUGCACCUUGUGCCCUCAGAGGCGCAGACACGUGUCACGCAGGAUUUCAAGCUUGCACACAUCCCUACGUCUGCGGUGGAGGGCGACACCACGGUCUCGUUGUCUUUGGGCUCUCGAGUGUCAGGCGGGAAGACCACCAAGUCCUCUUUCCGAGUCCCGCUCUUCUACUUCGACGUCCGGGGAAGGGACCGCUCUUUCACCGCCAUGCUGGAUACAGGAGCUGCAGUCACGGUGGCCCGAGUGUCGGUUGCAAGGCGAGGAAAUGUGUCCACCCAAAAGAUAGAUCCCCCAGAGCCGCUGUGUUCAGCGUUCGGUGGGCAGCCUAUAUUCUGCUAUGAAUUUGCGCGGCUGGAACUGCAUCGGCACUGUGAACCAAACAUAUCUCGAUGUAUCAAGGUCUAUCUCCUGGAAGAUAAUAUUCUCCGAUUUGCUGAUGCUUAUAUGGCCCCCGAAGAUGCUGAGAGUCUCGGGUGGGCAAACUUUUGGCGGCGUUUCGGACGGAGAGAGUGACGCCAGAGGUGACCGGUCAAGGAGGAUAUUCUUUCAUAGGUUGUGGUCCUCGCAUCAUGGGCAUUGCUGCUGCCUCAUUCUUCACGGAUUUGCAGGGGUUGACUGGAAUUGCUUUCUUGUUCACUACACACCAUCAGAAAAACAGAACGCCCGAAUAAAAGUUUGAUUCAAGACACUGACACUGCUCACCGACAAUGUUUGCCUA